UCUGUUUGUGAUUAGCACGCAGCCCCGCAGAAUGGAGUAAACAGAAACUUCUAGGCGUCCCCACACCCUGCUCCGAGACACAGCAGAAGUCAGAUGCUCCAGGAUUAAUCGUGGAGAGCUCAGGACACGACCACAAACGCCGUGUGGACUUGCAACUUGCUGCCUUUUCCCAGUCCCCUUGCCAAGAUGGGAGUGGGGGGGUGGGACGCGAAGGGGUGGGGGCCCCGCCUGCCGGGGGCCACAUGGAAACCUCCCAGGCAGAGCUCCGAGUGACACUGACGGGCAAAUCGGCGGCGUCCAGAGCAGCAGGCAGCAUCCGGGGGCACGGGCCGCUGGGGGCGCCCCAGGCAGGCUUCCUGGAACCCCGGCUCCACAGCUGCCUGCACCCUGACACAGGCCAGAUAAGAGCCGGCUGCGCUAUCAGGGCCGGCAGCGCACAGUCGCAAAGACCACGGGGACAGCGGGCUCCUGCGAGGCGGCGCGAGUCCCGGGUGGGGUCCUGCCCUGAAUGGGAACCCACUGCUACAGCGACCAACCAGGCUGCUCCCAGGAGGAUGGUGACAGGCUCCUGAAGGUCCGGACCCGCUGCUGGUGACAGCCAUGUCGGUGAGGGUGCGGUUCCUGUCCCCUGGGGACGCGGCGGCCGUGGGGGUCGUGGGCCGGAGCGCCUCCUUCGCGGGCUUCAGCAGCGCACAGAGCCGCAGGAUCGCAAAGUCCAUCCAAAGGAACUCGGUGAGGUCUCGCCUACCUGCCAAACCCUCCAAGAUGUACGGCACGCUGCGGAAGGGGUCUGUUUGCCCGGACGCCAAGACACAGCAAGUGAGGAAGAUCUUCGAAGCGCUGAGGAGAGGCCUCAAAGAGCACCUGUGCGUCCAGCAGGCCGAGCUGGAUUACCUGUCAGGGCGCCACAAGGACACCCACAGGAAUUCCCGGCUGGCUUUCUAUUACGACCUUGACAAGCAAACGCGCUCUGUGGAGAGGCACAUUCGGAAGAUGGAAUUCCACAUCAGCAAGGUGGAUGAGCUCUACGAGGGCUACUGCAUCCAGUGCCGCCUGCGAGACGGCGCCUCCAACAUGCAGCAGGCCUUCUCCAGGUGCCCCCCCAGCCGCGCCUCCCGAGAGAGCCUGCAGGAGCUGGGCCGGAGCCUGCAGGAGUGCACCGAGGACAUGUGGCUCAUAGAGGGGGCCCUGGAAGUCCACUUGGGCGAGUUCCACGUCAGGAUGAAAGGCUUGGUGGGCUACGCACGCCUCUGUCCAGGAGACCAGUAUGAGGUGCUCAUGCGCCUGGGCCGCCAGCGCUGGAAGCUGAAGGGCCGAAUUGAGUCUGACGACAGCCAGACCUGGGACGAGGAGGAGAAGGCCUUCAUCCCCACCCUGCACGAGAACUUGGAGAUCAAGGUGACAGAGCUGCGUGGCCUGAGCUCCCUGGCGGUGGGCACCGUGACGUGUGACAUCGCCGACUUCUUCACGACCCGGCCGCAGGUGGUGGUCGUGGACAUCACCGAGCUGGGCACCAUCAAACUGCAGCUGGAGGUGCUGUGGAACCCGUUUGAUACUGAGAGCUUCCUGGUGUCACCCAGCCCCACAAUCAAGUUCUCUGUGGGCAGCAGGAAGGGCUCCUUGUACAACUGGACACCCCCGAGCACCCCCAGCUUCCGGGAGAGGUACUACCUGUCUGUCCUGCAGCAGCCAGCGCAGCAGGCCUUGCUGCUGGGCAGCCCAAGGGCCACGUCCAUCCUCAGCUACCUGUCCGACAGCGACCUGCGGGGCCCUGGCCUGUGCAGCCGGAGUCAGGAGCUGCCUGAGAUGGACUCCUUCAGCUCUGAGGACCCCCGAGACACCGAGACCAGCACGUCAGCCUCCACCUCGGACGUGGGGUUCCUGCCCUUGGCCAUUGGCCCCAACACCUCCCCUGAAGAGGAGGCUCAGGAGGACUCCCCACCCCUGGGCCUCCUGCCAGAGCUGGUCCACCUGUCAGGAGGCGCAUUUGUGGAGCGGCCUGGCUGGAGGGAUUUGGGAGUAGAGAGCCCCAACCUGCCACCGGGCUCCCCACUCCACAGCCAUACGAUGCCGGGCAGCCGGACAGACCACGAUGAAGGAGAAUCCGGGGACAGAGUGGAGGGGCCUGGGGUGACCCUCGAGAGGCCCCUGCAGGAGGUCCUGGAUUUACUGAGGUGCACAGACCCCGCCCAGCCCCGGCUCCAGGAGCUGGAGUACCAGGUGCUCAGCUUCAGGGACCGGCUGAAGCCCCGCGGAGGCCGCCGGGAGCACAGCUCGGCCGAGAGCCUGAUGGAAUGCAUCCUGGAGAGCUUCGCCUUCCUCAACGCCGACUUUGCCCCCCACGAGCUGUCCCUUUUUGGGGGUCCCCAGGGUCCCCGAAAGGACAGGACCCGGCCCCCACCACCAUCACUGAGAGAGUCAUCCCGGGAGCUCACGACUGGUGCCCCCGAGCUGGACACGCUGCUCACGGUCCACCUCCAAGUCUGCAAGGCUCUGCUGCAGAAACUGGCCUCCCCUAAUCUGUCGAGGAUGGUCCGGGAGAGCCUUCUGGAAGAAGCUACACAGCAAAAGCAGGUUCUGGAGACUCUGUCUGUGCUGGAUUUUGAGAAGGUCAGAGAGGCGACGUCUGUGGAAGAGAUCCUUCCGCAGGCUGCACGGAGGAAGGGCUGCCUGAGGCUGUGGAGAGGGUGCACGGAGCCCGGCGGGGUCCUGGCCUGCCCCGCCCCCACGCUCCUGAACCAGCUCAAGAAGACGUUCCUGCACAGAGUCCGGGGCAAGUACCCGGGACAACUGGAAAUAGCGUGCCGCAGGCUCCUGGAGCAGGUGGUCAGCUGCAGUGGGCUGCUCCCCGGAGCUGGCCUCCCUGAGGAGCAGACUGUCACCUGGUUCCAGUUUCACAGUUACCUGCAGAGGCAGAGCGUCUCGGACCUGGAGAAGCACUUUGCCCAGCUCACCAAGGAAGUAACCCUCGUGGAGGAGCUGCAGUGCACGGGGCAGGCCAAGGCCGUCCGGAAGCUGCAGGGGAAGCGGCUGGGCCAGCUCCAGCCCCUGCCCCAGACCUUAAGGGCCUGGGCCCUGCUCCAGCUGGACGGGCCUCCCAAGGUGUGCAGGGCGGCCAGCGCGUCUCUGGCCAGCGCAGCCAAGAACAAGAGCUUUCGGGAAAAGGCUUUGCUUUUCUACACCAACGCCCUGACCGAGAAUGAUGCGAAACUCCAGCAAGCUGCAUGCGUGGCUCUGAAACAGCUCCGGGGCAUCGAAAGCAUUGACCAGAUUGCUGGCCUGUGCCAAUCUGACCUGGAGGCUGUGCGAGCGGCAGCCCGGGAAGCCACUCUGUCAUUCGGUGAAAAAGGACGCUUCGCUUUUGAGAAAAUGGACAAACUUUGCUCAGAACAAAGAGAAGCCUUUUUCCAGGAGGCAGAUGUUGAAAUCACAAUAUUUUAAAAAAACCCUCAGCGGAUGAGCUCAAAUCUGGCAUCUUUGUUUUUGCUGCUGCCCAGUCCUGACAUGGGCCGAGCUGAGGAUGGAGUGCGCCCCUGAAGGAUGAGCUGUCCAGAGUUGCUCCGAGUCUCAGAUCAGUUAUAAAGCCCCAGGGAGCAAGUGGGACUUUUGUACAGGAGCACAGGGAUGUACAGCACUUCACAGGCCGGCCACUUCAACCAACCGAUCAGCUGUUGGCUUUGAGAAUUUGUUCCCCAGAUGCAGAGCCAGCCAUGCCAUGAAGGAGUUGAGGCCUGGAAUAAAAGGCUCCAAGGUGACCUUGUCUCCUUGCAGUCAGUUGGCUCAGCACCUCUGGCUCAACAAAUGCUGGGACUGCGGAGGCCGGCAGGCCUAUGAGCUUGAUAAGGAGCGUGCAGUGGGUCCAGGCAUUUCCAGUGUACAGAGCCAGGGGUUCUGAUUUAACUCUUAACCUGAGCCGUGGCCCAAAUGCCUGGUGACAGACCGCUGCCCAUGGACCGUCUUUCCACCAUGUUCAAGAGCACAAAGGAAAGCAGAAGCCUCGAGUGUCACGUCAGUAAAAGCAUUCACUGUGACCUCACUAAACAAAGUGAAAUCCAACUUCUGAAGCAAGUCAACUUCGGGCCUGUUAAAUAAAUUGCUUCAGACGCCAUAGUUGGUGUGAAAUUUCACUGAACAGCAUGUUGCUUUAAAGACACAAAGUUAGUUUCCUGUUAAGUCUAAGACUCGAAUGUGUCCUGAGCUGUUGUGUUAAUGAUGUCAAGAUAACCUGGGGUGUACAUGUGGCUAUCAACAACGGCAUCGGAGAAUUCUGUAACUUAAACAUUCUCAUUUGUUCCCUAUAUAUAUUUUGUGUUUUUCGAUUUAACUUAGUAUUUAUUUGAUUUGUUUAUAUGUUGAACUUUCUGAAAUUUCAAUUAAAAAGAACAAUUUUUAUUGGUGUUUCAUUUUACCCGAAAAAAGUAAAUAGUGGUUCUUUUCAAACAUCCCGCUGGGGGAAGCUGCCCUCCUGUCCCCGAGUGCGCUUGCUCCAGCGUGACGCUGUGGAGUGGGCUCUCCCACACAGGCAGGUGUAGGAAAGGCAGUGUCCCCUGAGGAUUCUCUUAAGGCUCCCAGACGCUCUCUCCUACCCAGACACCGUGAGGUAUGGCCUUUGCCUGGCCUUUAGCCCCAUCUGAUUUCUGUUCCAAAGUCACAAAUUUAGUUUUUUCCACACUGGCAUUCCACCUCUUCAUAAAAGCCUGGAUGCCAUUUUUUGGUAUGUGAAACAGACUGAAGUGACCGUGGGUGUGGCACUAUCAUCCUGGCCGCCACAGUGGGUAUUGUGUGGUCACAUGACCAUGACUGUGCUGGUUUCCCACUUUCAGGAUCCUGCCAGGAGGCCAAGCAUAAACAGUUCACUCAGCAGCCAGCCU